UCUUGCGGAACAAACAAAGAAGCUCUUUGACCCUUGGUCAGUCCGACGCAGUCUUCAACAUGUUGGUACUACUGAUAUUUAGUAGCUGCGUAGUGGCAAGCCUGGCAGUUUGUCCGUUAGACCCCGGGACUCAAGCUUCCCCACGUACUCCUGGAGACGGAGGGUUCAAGAUAAGAAUCAGCGGAGAACCUACAGAAUAUGUGCCUCAGUCGAUGUAUGUCGUAACGCUGGAAGGUCUCCAAGAAUUCCGCAGGUUCACGCUCGUCGCAGACGCCAGCCCCAGCGAUGGCUCGGAUGUCUCGCCUCAGCGUGUCGGCAGCUACCAGCUGUUUGGAGGAGACGCUACCUCCACUUUCAACCCUGAUUGUAUCAACACCGUCAGCGAGACAAAGGAUCGUCCCAAACCGGAGGCUAGAGUUAUGUGGAACGCUCCUGCUCCGGGUAGCGGCUGUGUUACGUUGCGAGCCAUGGUGUUCGUGGACGAGAGUAGAUGGUUUGCGGAGGACGGACAGUUGAGCCGAACAAUCUGUGAGUUAACGGAGAAGCCAUUAGUUGCACCCUCUACUGGCUACACUGAGGAAUGUUGCGCCUGCGACCAGGCUAAGUACAAGUUUGUCUUCGAGGGUCUGUGGUCCAACGUCACUCAUCCGAAGGACUUUCCGUUCAGCUUGUGGCUGACUCACUUCAGUGACGUGAUCGGUGGAUCACACGGUCGCAACUUCUCCGUGUGGAAGGAAGGAUCGACAGCUUCCAACGCCCUACGACAGUUGGCGGAGUGGGGGUCUGUCCGGGCGAUGGAACAGGAGCUGAGACUGAAGAGCCGAGGUCUUAAGACUCUCAUAAAAGCAGCUGGACUUUGGUAUCCGAACGUCAACAGUAACACUUCCUCUAGCUUCCGUGUGGACCGCAGCAAACAUCUGGUCUCUCUCAUAUCCAUGUUUGGACCGUCCCCCGAUUGGGUAGUAGGAGUGUCCGGAUUAAAUCUUUGUCAGUCCGAUUGUACCUGGCUGUCCUCCAAGACUAUUGAUCUUCUCCCUUACGACGCCGGAACAGACAGCGGCAUCACCUACAUGUCGCCCAACGCUCCGACCAUUCCUCAAGAGCCGAUUCACAAGAUCACAAGUCUAUACCCAGAAGACCCAAGGGCGCCUUUCUACGACCCUAGCGGGAAACAGAUCCCACCCCUGGCACGUCUGUACAUCACCCUGGACAAGGUGAUCCCGCGGGCGUGUAGCGACAAGACCGAGGACGAACUGCUAGAGGAGGUCGGGGUCGCUGAGAACAACGAGGACUCAACGAGAAGAGAAUGUGCGGUGACAGAAUAUUCUGCGUGGUCUGUCUGUUCCGUGACAUGUGGCAAAGGUUUGAGAUCUCGCAAUCGUAGCUACUUAGACCCAGAGUUGGCCAAACAAGCGGACUGUGACAGACAACUCGUAUCCAGAGAGAUGUGUGUCGCUGACAACCCGCUCUGUCCGGGAGAUGAAGAAGAACUAGCAGUGUUUGACGAACGUCUCUGCGCCGUUUCAGACUGGGAGCCGUGGUCGGACUGUACCUCGAUUUGUGGUGAAGGUCUGAAGAUGCGGACAAGACACUUUGUGGAAAGAGGCGCCAUCAAGAAAUGCCCUCACGUUACUCUUGUAGAGAAGGAGAAAUGUAUGGAGCCUCCGUGUAGCUAUGAGGAAGUCCCAGACCCCGAGUGUCCAGUGACCGAGUGGUCUGAGUGGUCUCCGUGCAGUGUCAGAUGCGGCCCCGGUGUCCGGCUGCGCUCUCGUAUUCUUCUCUCCGAGCCUCAUCUCAACGCUACUUGCGCCGCGCGACGUCAGCUGCAACAGCAACAUCCGUGCACCGGCCGACAGGAUUGUGUUAUUGAUAUGAACACUGCCAAAGCAAUCUGCAUGUUGGAUGCUGAGGUAGGCCAAUGCCGAGGCUACUUCCAACGUUGGUUCUUCAGCAGCAUGAAGGCGAUGUGUGUUCCGUUUGUGUACAGCGGAUGUCGCGGGAACAGGAACAACUUUCUCACGGAGGAAGACUGCCAUCGGACUUGUUCUGCAGUUAGAGAUGCUCUGCUGGAAGGAGAUCGUCCUGCUGCGCCCGGAGUUGCCAAGGCCAUCACAGGUCCGCCCGUGGACUGCGUCAUGUCGGACUGGUCCGCUUGGUCUGACUGCUCCGUCAACUGUGGUAACGGCUUCCGUCAGAAAACACGAACUGUGCUGGUUGAACCAAGGAACGGAGGUCAGUCUUGCCCUCGUACCGUCUCUAGACGAAGACGUUGUCACAUUCCUCCCGAGUACUGUCGUUGAACCCACAGCUUGUCAGAUAUUCUAGUGUAUUUGAAAUUUGUAUAUCUUUAAAAUAAACAUUCAUUAAACUAUA